UUUCCCACCGGCUGUUCUGGAGAAGGAGGGAAAAAAACAUGGGACCUGAUCCCAACUUGCUCCCAGCGGCGCUGCAGGUGUGAAGCCAGCCAGUGCGCGCAGGUGUUAGAAUAAUCCCUAUAAUAAAGGCUGGAGCAGAGGAUGGCUGUGCCGGGGAACGGCAGCGCGGAGCGGCUGUCCCUGGGCUGCGGGGAGCAGGGCAACCUCAGCGGGGAAGUUACCGACUACAACAUGAGCAGCUGCACCAACAGCUCCGUCCUCCCCAGACCGGCGGCCAGGACCCGAGAGAUGGAGUCCUUUCGUAUCCUGCUCUACUCGCUCAUCUUCCUGCUCAGCGCCUUCGGCAACCUGCUGAUCAUCGUGGUCCUGAUGCUGAACAAGCGCAUGAGGACCGUCACCAACUCCUUCCUGCUGUCGCUGGCCGUCAGCGACCUGAUGAUGGCCGUCUUCUGCAUGCCCUUCAAUCUCAUCCCCAACAUCCUGAAGGACUUCAUCUUCGGAGCCACCAUGUGCAAAAUCGUCACCUACUUAAUGGGGGUCUCCGUCAGCAUCUCCACCUUCAGCCUGGUGGCCAUUGCCAUCGAGAGGUACAGUGCCAUCUGUAACCCGCUGAAGUCCCGUGCAUGGCAAACCCGUUCCCACGCCUACCGCGUCAUCGCUGCCACCUGGGUUGUGUCGCUGCUGAUCAUGGUGCCCUAUCCAGUCUUCAGUGCACUCAAGUCUUUCCCAAAGAACGACGGUACCAAGGGACACAUGUGUCGCCUGGAUUGGCCCAGUCAGCAAGCCGAGCAGGCCUGGUACGUGCUGCUGCUGUUCACCCUGUUCUUCGUCCCGGGAGUGGUGAUGAUUAUAGCGUACGGUCUGAUCUCCAGAGAGCUUUACCGAGGCAUUCAGUUUGAGCUGAGCCAGAACAAAGAGACCACUGGUCUGAAGAACGGAGUGGGCAGGGCUGCAGGGUCAAACGAUGAGGACGAUGGUUGCUACAUCCAGGUGUCCAAAAAGACCUCCUUUGCUGUGGAGCUUCCCACCAUCUCUUCCUCGACGAGUGCCCUCCAGGCCAAACCUGAGCGCGCCCGUAGCAACACCUCCGAAGCUAAGCUGGAGGCCAAGAGGCGGGUCAUCCGCAUGCUGAUGGUGAUCGUAGCGCUCUUCUUCAUCUGCUGGAUGCCCAUUUACUCAGUCAACACCUGGAAGGCCUUUGAUCCCAAGUCGGCCUCCAAAGCCCUCUCCGGGGUCCCCAUCUCUUUCAUCCACCUGCUGUCCUACACCUCGGCUUGCGUCAACCCCAUCAUUUACUGCUUCAUGAACACGCGUUUCCGCAAAGCCCUGCUGUCCACGUUCGCCUGCUGCUGCCGCAACCGCCUCUGCCGCCGCUGCUGGUGGUUCCGGAGGAGGGAGGGGGAAGACGGCCUCAACGCCACCUCCAUGGCCACGUCCAUGGUGACGUCCAUGUCCAAGUUCAGCUACACCACCGUCAGCUCCGCCGGUACCUGCUGAGCCCGCCGGAGCGUCAGGUGCUCUCUGUCCCCAGCCUUCACCGCGUGCACCAUCUGUUUUUUCAAUCUUGUAUCCGUCCCUCUUCAUCCUAAUAUGUUGUGAGUCAUGCGCUGAGUAAUAUCCAUGUCCUCAUUUAGAGGCCCCUUCGAAAGGUCUUGUUCAAAUUUUGCGUGCAUGAUUGCAGAAGAGCGGAGGAGAAAUUGCUAUCGGAGUUUCUUUUACAUCAAUUUUUACUGGCAGCGAGCGCUUUGUUGCAUCCUGGAGAGAACAUCAAGUGCCUGUGAUCUUUGUGCAGCUUUGUUCGUCAUGAUUACUGUUCAUGUACCGGGAUUGUGAAGAAAAAAAUCAUCUGGAAAUACAAAGUUGGUGUGCAUAAAUACUGUCUUUAUGUUGUAGAUGUGCUGAUUAAAUCCUUCUCACAGACAUCCUGCAGAACAAGAGGACUCAUUACGUUGCAACUUAGUCCUUUUAA